AUGGCGGCGCCCAAAAAGGUCAUUCCCGUGACCGUGCUCACCGGAUUUCUUGGAGCUGGCAAAACGACGUUGCUGAACCACAUCCUGGAGUCGACUCAGCAUGGCAUGAAGUUUGCCAUCAUCGAGAACGAGUUCGGAGAGGUUGGAGUGGACGAGCAUGUCAUCAAAGAGGAUUCCGAGGAGCAAGUGAUCGAAGUCAUGAACGGCUGUAUUUGCUGCACUGUACGUGGCGAUUUGGUGAAGGUCCUGAAGCGUCUCAGGGAGAGGCUUGAUACCUUCGACGGCGUUAUCAUCGAGACUACUGGCAUGGCUGAUCCAGCGCCUGUGGCCCAAACUUUCUUCGUGGAUCCAGAGAUCGAGAAGGAUUAUCGGCUGGAUGGGAUCAUCACGGUGGUGGACUGCAAGCACGUGCUGGAACACCUGCGGGAGGAGAAGCCCGAAGGUGUUGAGAACGAGACUGUAGAGCAGAUCGCUUUUGCGGACAGGAUCAUCCUCAACAAAGUGGACCUGGUGGACGAUGAGAAGCUGACGGAAGUCAUGGCGGAGGUCAAGAAGGUGAAUGGCAAUGCAGACCUUAUCAAGGCCGAGCACAGCAAGGUGGACCCAAGCAAGCUGAUCGGGAUCCAGGCAUUCUCACUGGAACGGGUUCUUGAGAUGGAUCCUGAGUUCAUGAAUACCGAAGGGGAGCACCAGCACGACAACAGCAUCAGUUCCAUCAGCUGGAAAUUCGAGGGCGAGCUGAACGUGAACAAGUUGGAGAGGUGGAUCAGUGAAAUGCUGCAAACCAAGGCAACGGACAUGUUUCGCUACAAGGGCAUGUUGGCUGUUAAGGGCAUGGAGACCAAAUACCUCUUCCAGGGUGUUCACAUGCUCUUUAAUGGUGGCUUUGCGGAUGGCUACAAGUGGAAGAAGGAUGAGCCUCGAGAAUGCCGCUUUGUCUUCAUAGGCCGCAACUUGGACAAGAUCGAAUUGGAGAAGAAGUUCAUGGAAUGCAAGGUCAUUGAGGACGUAAGGUUUAGUCCAGGGGACAAGAUCGAGGCGAAUGUGCCAGGUGGCUGGAAAGGCGGGAAGAUCGUGAGAACAUGGGAUGAGGGCAACCCAUACCGCAUCCAGCUGGACGAUGGCACCCAGGUGUGGGCACCGGAUGAUUCCGAUGAUUUUGUGCGGGCCGUGCGCCCUCGCGUGAGCUAA